AUGGAGUUCUUAAACUCAUCUGAUCACAAUCUGACCUCCGAAGAACUGUUAGACAGCAUGCCCUCCAAGAUCCUGGUGUCCCUCACACUGUCCGCGCUGGCGCUGAUGACCACCACCAUCAACUCCCUGGUCAUUGCUGCCAUCCUCGUGACGCGGAAGCUGCACCACCCAGCCAACUACCUGAUCUGCUCCCUGGCCGUCACAGACUUCCUGGUCGCCGUCCUGGUGAUGCCCUUCAGCAUCGUGUACAUCGUGAGGGAGAGCUGGGUCAUGGGGCAGGUGGUCUGCGACAUCUGGCUGAGCGUGGACAUCACGUGCUGCACCUGCUCCAUCCUGCAUCUCUCUGCCAUCGCGCUGGACAGGUACCGGGCCAUCACAGAUGCUGUGGAGUACGCCAGGAAGAGGACUCCCAGGAAUGCCGGCAUUAUGAUUGCAGUAGUUUGGAUUAUAUCUGCUUUUAUCUCCAUGCCUCCCCUGUUCUGGAGGCACCAAGGAACUAGUAGAGACGAUGAAUGCAUCAUCAAGCACGACCACAUUGUUUCCACUAUCUACUCAACAUUUGGGGCUUUCUACAUCCCGUUGACAUUGAUUUUGAUCCUCUACUACAAAAUAUAUAAAGCAGCAAAGACGUUAUACCACAAGAGGCAAGCCAGUAGGAUUGCCAAGGAGGAGCUGAAUGGUCAAGUUCUUUUGGAGAGUGGUGAGAAAAGCACCAGACUGGUCUCCACGGCCUACAUGCUAGAAAAGUCUUUAUCUGAUCCAUCAACGGACUUUGAUAAGAUUCAAAGCACUGUGAAAAGUCCCAGGUCUCAAUUCAAGCAUGAGAAAUCUUGGAGAAGGCAAAAGAUCUCAGGAACAAGAGAACGCAAAGCAGCCACUACCUUGGGAUUAAUUUUGGGUGCAUUUGUCAUAUGUUGGCUUCCUUUUUUUGUAAAAGAAUUGGUUGUUAAUGUCUGUAAAAAGUGUAAAAUUUCUGAAGAAAUGUCAAAUUUUUUGGCAUGGCUUGGAUAUCUCAAUUCGCUUAUAAAUCCACUGAUUUAUACAAUCUUUAAUGAAGAUUUUAAGAAAGCAUUCCAAAAACUUGUACGAUGUCGAUAUUAG